GCAACCCCUCGGAUUCUAACGUGUCCAAUAUAUUAUGACGGAGAAAAAUGGCGUCAAAAGUGACGCAGACAAACCUAACUACUUAGUUCUAGCUUCGUUUGCGGGAUUUUCUGGCUUGUCCUUAAUGGCCGGAUUUGCAUACAGAAUAAUAUCCUUAAAAAAAGUUCACGCGCUACCAAUCACUCAAGCAUUUAGUAACAACAAAGGUAUAAACGAGACGGGUGUGCAUUUGGCUUUUCGUGCCCUUGGUGUAGCAACAGCCAUCACAACAUCGUCAUUUGGUGCAUUAUCUCUACUCAUAUGGCUUAUUAUGAAGCCAAAAGACAAGGAGGAUUUCAAUAAGUGUCUGCGUGAUUUCUUUCCAGAAAAGUGGAGAAUACAACCCUCAACCAAUAACAAUGAAAUCCGAACCUUUGAUGAACUUCACUCACUCUUGAUAAAUGAAUCUGUAAACAAAAGAUGACCGCUUGUGGAGAAAUUAGCAUUUGUGAAUUAUCAACAACUAAUUUUUCUAAUUAUGUUAUUUUUUGAUUGAGUACACAAAAUGUUCGUAUUCAUUUGUAUUCCCCUAAAUAGGAAAAAAAUGCACUGCCGUAUUACAUUUAUGCAGUAGUAACUAAUCAAACAACAUGAGCUGGUGCAAAAAUGUGACGCUAAUGGCUAUAAAGUAUGUGGAAAAUAAAGUGCU